AUGGCGAAAUUCAUGGACGUCAUCGAAGCUGGCGCCCCCGCCGCGUCGGGGGAAGAGAGAGCAGCAGUAACUCAGAAGAGGGCGGGGCCGGGCAUCGCCCGGCAGGACAAGGCGGCCUCCGGCUGGUGGUUCGGCAGCGAGGUCGGCGCGGGGCAGACGUGGGCCCGCAACCCGGAGAUGACGGAGGUCCCUCCGCUGAGGGGGUGGCGGUGCCCCUCGGACGGCCCGGUCCAGGAGCACGUCAUAUGCAGGAAGCCGGUCGUCGCUCCCAGCCCGCACGUGGCUUGGCUCAGGCCGAAGGUGAAGGAAGAGGGCAUCGUCAAGGAGGAGGCCCCUGGCGGCCCUGGCCUUGCCGACGCCGGGGCGGUGGGCGGAGAGGCCAGAAAGAGGCGCAUUUCCCUUGCAGCAGCGAGCUGCGGGCCUGGGAGGGCGACGCAGGCCGCUACCGCCUGGGGUGACGCUGUGGAUCUAUCCAGCAGCGCGGCGAGGCUGCCGGAGCUCGAGGCGCCGCGGAACGGCUUCUGGAUGUCCCCGGGCGAGGUGUUCCAGGUGUGCGACGAGCGCUGCGACGCAGACGACGGUAUCACCUACCUGAAGUUGGCGGACGGCAGGGGCUGGGUCUUCGACUACAGGCCCGGCGUCGGCCUGAUGUGUUCGCCGAAGUUGGACGACGAGGACGACCCGGCACCCGCCAUGAAGCGGAACGCCGUCAUGGCGAAGAAGGAGGAGGAGGAAGUCGAGCGGACCACAGACGCGGUUGCACGCAUAGGCCUCGAGGCCGAGGAUGCGCUGAAGGCCUCGAGGGCUGCGCGCGCGGCCGGCCGCGGGGCCGCCGGCGACGAGGCGCUGGCGGAGGCGGUGCGCCGGCUGCUCGCCGCGCGGAGCCUGGGCCUGGAGAGGGCUCUGGCGCUGCUGGCGGGUUCGCGCGCCGCUGGGGGCGGCGCAGGGCCGCUGUCAUUCGAGGACGAGGAGGCCAUCCUCAGCGACGGUCUGCGGACGCUCCUCGGCUGCGUGCGCGACGAGCUGCUGCUGUGGGGCGGCCCCGCGGACGCGGCGCCCCCGGAGGAGGGCGCGGGCCGCGCCUCGGAGGCCGCGGCGGCCAGCGAGGCCGGGCACGCCGCCGCGGCGGGCGCGGCGGCGCCGCUGCUGCCGUGCAAGGAGGAGCCCCACCAGGACGGGGCGGCCACCAACUUCGGCGGCGAGCGGGGCCUGCAGCGCUGGGCCGAGCGCGUGCACGCCCUCGCCGGCGGCCCGCGGCACCAAGUCAGAGGCAUGUACACGUUGGCUGCAGACUUCACAUCGCCACUUCGCUCCGUCCUGGACCACCUUGUGGUCCGAGUGCCAGCCUCCGACAGCGGCGGGGACGCGGCCCUGCUGCAGCACUGCCGGGACUUUGUGCGCGGCCGCAUCCUCGAGGGCCACGCCGCGGGCAUCCUGGACGAGAUCGACUGGGACGACGAGCCCCUCCCGGCCCCUCUGGCGCCGGCCGCUGCGAGGAAGAGGAGCAAGGACGUCCAAGCAGCUCUGUCCGCGAAGAGCGGCGUGAUCGGGGUCGCCGCCGAGAUCGCUGGUGGGGCGCUGCGCGAGGCUAUCGCUGGCGUCGCCGUCCGCCUGUUCAAAUACGUUUUGAACGAUUACUACGAGGAGUUCUGCACCCAGGUUCACGAUUGGGUCUCCGCCAAGCUGCGGGUGGUACCCCAUGCCGACCAGGACGAGGGGGGCCGGCUCCAGGUUCAGGUGUUGCGGGAAGUGUACACCAGCCACGUCAUCCCAGACGAGAUGCUCGCCCUCUGGAACUGCGGCACCUGGCGGCUGGUCCACGCCGUUGCCCCUGGCGUGGACGACGUGGCGGCGCGGCCAGGGCUUCUUCGGCGUUUUGUUGAUUUUCUGGUUCGGACAUUGUUGCGGCCCGAGUCGCACCCGACCCUCACGCGUUUCUUCACGUUCCGCGGCGUGGUCGACCAGAUGCUUACGAUGCACUUCGUGGACAUGCCGAAGAACGCUUUCGUGCUACUGCGCAGGGCGUCCAUGGUACUGCAGUUGACUGGCGGCGUGGAGGCCCUCACCUGCGCCGAGCCAAAGCCGGGCGCCCUCCCGACAGUGGUCGUUCUAGCAAAAGGUGCCGCCCACGAGGUUGUCAACGAGAGAUUGCAGCGGCUUUUGUCCACGAUGUGCAAAGACCAGGAAUUAGACGCGGGGGCGGCCGCGGGGGUGCUUUUUGGAACGGCAGUGGACCUCAUUGUGCGUUUCGACGUUUUCAAAGCGUACCCGUUCCAGCUCUGCUACUUGUGCCGUGCGUGGUUCCCGCAGACGUACACGACCCAUAUCUUGCGAUUGCUGCACGGGCCUGCUGGGAAAUUGGAUGUCGGCGUCACGUUUCAGUUGUACUCCCUCGCCUGGGCGACGGGGGACGAGAUGAGCGCAAUUCGUUGGUUCGCAUCCGAGCCCGUGCAGGAUUUUUUGCAGCGAACCUGUCAGGAGGCGCUGGCCACUUCCCUGCCAGCGGAGCGAAGGCACGCCGAGGCGAAACGUUGGGAGACCUCCAAGGUGACCAACAUUGCCACGCAGUUUGGGCGCGUCGGUGACUCCGACCCCGACGAAGACGACACGGCCGCGCGGCGGCUCGCGUACAUCGAGGAGCAUGCCGACGAGCUCGAAUCCCAGCGGGCCGCCUUGGUGGCCGCUGCUGAGCGGGAGUACGAGUCGUUGUUACUUGCGUGCCGCGUGCCCUUGACGAGGGCGCAGUGGGCCCAGUGGCUGGACGAGAACAUGGAGCAGUUCGCGGAGAAGAUGCAGUCCGCCCCAGGUCGCCGCCGCGCCCGGAACCACCGCCUGCGCGCCCGGCCCGGCUUGCCGCUGCCUGCCGCCCGCGUGGGGCCAGAGGUCGACCAGUGGAAGCCUUGCGAGACGCAGUGGGGGGUCAUCCUGGAGCGCCGUUCGGGGUGGCACGGCAUCCACGUCCGCCCGAACAGGAAGCACAUGUUCUUUUUGUACACUCUGGCUGGGAGAACCUACGCCAUCGACAUGGAACCAUUUUUGACUGGGGCCGUGUUGACGUACAAUAUCCUGGAGGAUUUUGAUGUGGCAGCAGCUAUCCUCCCGCUGGCUGUCCUCGAGGAUGCUUACACCGACGCUGACGUGCUCGGUGUUUUUCGAUUCCGCGUGCGAGGGGGCCCCGCGCCCGGCGGGGGCUUCCUCCUUGCCGCCGAGGCGCCCGAGGGCGACGAGGAGGCGGGCGACGGCGCGGGCUUGGAGACCUGUCCGAAGGAUCUAGGGUUGGACGGCGACGGCGGUUCUUCCGAGGACGACCUCCCAGGCCUGUCCGAUUCAUCUAGGGUCGUCGACACGGACGCAGAUUCCACGCCCGAAGGGAGCAGCGUGGGCUCGGACUCGGCGUCAGAAUCUGGCGGCGAGCCCGCCGGCAGCGACGCCCCCCUGGCGGUCGACCUCGAAGACUUGCCAGGCCUGGGCUCAGAGGAGGUCGCUGGGGGCCGGAGGCCGCCGCUCUGGGACAACGGCUUCUUCUACAUCCCGGACAACACGGGCAACCCAGAUGUGAAAAUCGUCAUGCAUGAGGGUUGGUCCCAUCCCCCACCCGGGGGAAUGGGGGACAAAAACAGAAGUAAGACUUUAACCCCAGCGCACUACGGGGAGAGCCGCGACGACCCUGUGCGGUCGGUCAUCGUGCUCCGGUGUUGGAUGUUGUGGCGCGCUGGCUCUAACGGAUGGUCGGCCGCGCACCCGGGGAGGGCCCGCGACUUCGCGGAGGAGGCUGGGCGCCUGCAGCGGGAGAUUCAGGACCUGCAGCCGCUGGCCGGCGGCUUGCUGGGCCAUCCCAGAGCGGACGCGCGGCUCCGCGAGUGGGUCCCCGACAUAGUGGCCCAACUCUGA